AUGCCGAUAUCCUGGGAACAGGCUCAGGCCGAAAGCUACCUACAGGGUGCCCAUGGCUUCCCCAACCCUGGCAUCAGCCAUCAUCCUAUGUCCAUGAUGAUGCCCUCGCCGCAUUUGCACGCCGGGAUGGCUCACGGAAUGCACAUGGUUCCGAUCUCAGUGCAGCAAACUAUGAUCCCUCCUAUUCCCUACGACGAGAACUUGGUCAACUCCAUGGGAGGAUCGGCCAGGGAAGUGGCGAACAGCUGGGCGAUCCGAGACGGCUUCAAUCAGCAGCAGCUCUUUGAGUUCGACAAGCUGAUGAACCUGGUGGUCUCGACAUACAUCGAGAAGGACAGGGUGGAGAGCUCGCGCGCUAUCGAUCAGGGCUCGUUUGCAAAAGUCUACAGCGCUACCUACGAUGGCUGCCCUGUCGCUGUUAAGAUUAUCGCUACCCCCGGACAGACUCACAAUAUCAAGGCUAAAAUGCGUGAAUUGCUGCUGGAGCUAAGCAUUUUGGUGCGUGUAAGACACCCCAACGUCGUUACAUUCUGGGGAACUACUGCUCACUUCCCCAGAGGCCAUGGAGAAGCAGAACCUUUCAUUUCGCUGGUGUUCGAGCUUUGUGAGAAAGGUUCUUUGGAAAAGGUUCUCUUUGAGAGCCCGCAAAAACUCUCUGUCGAAAAGAAAAUGGACAUCGCGCUUCAAGUUGCAUAUGGUCUUUCCUACCUGCAUACAUCCAGGGCACAUGACAAGCGGUCAAUCAUCCAUCGUGAUAUCAACACUCGAAACAUUCUCAUCACCAACGAUUGGACCGCCAAGAUCUGUGAUUUUGGAUGCGCCAGAGUGGUAUACGAGGGCAACCGAUUGACAACUACAACUAUCUCCGGAAGUCCAGCGUAUAUGGCACCCGAACAACUUCUUGGCGAAGACCUCACAGAAGCUGUGGAUGUUUGGGCGUAUGCAACCGUCCUGUGGGAGAUGAUGAACGAGAGGAAGCCGUGGGGAGGCCCGUUGCACGGGGACAUGGAAGGAUUGAAAGAGCCAGCGGAAAGGCCAACUAUGAAUCAAGUGAUCAAUCUCCUUCAGACAGCGUUUGAUCAGCUUCAGAGUGGAAUCGGCAAAGUGGAGGACUCCAUUGCGUUCUCGUACUAA